AUGAUCCUCACGGCUUCCCGUGACAGAACUGUCAUCGUCUGGCAACUCACCCGCGACGACGCCCAAUACGGUUACCCAAAGCGUAUCCUCAAGGGCCACAACCACUUCGUAUCUGAUGUCUCCAUUUCUUACGAUGGUCAAUUCGCUUUGUCUUCAUCAUGGGACAAGACUCUCCGUCUUUGGGACUUGAACACUGGUGCCACCACCAGACGUUUCGUCGGCCACGAAGCUGAUGUCCUUUCUGUGUCUUUCUCCGCAGACAACAGACAAAUCGUCUCGGGAUCCCGUGACCGUACCAUCAAGCUCUGGAACACCCUUGGUGAAUGCAAGUUCGACAUUAAGGAUGAAGGUCACUCAGAAUGGGUUUCAUGCGUCCGUUUCUCACCAAACCCAAUGAACCCUGUCAUUGUCUCAGCUGGUUGGGACAAGGUUGUUAAGGUUUGGGAACUUUCAAACUGCAAGCUCAAGACCAACCACCACGGUCACACUGGCUACAUCAACACCGUCUCCGUCUCUCCAGAUGGCUCUCUUGCUGCCUCAGGUGGUAAGGACGGUAUCACCAUGCUCUGGGACCUUAACGAGGGUAAGCACCUCUACUCCCUCGAGGCUGGUGACAUUGUCAACGCACUCGUCUUCUCACCAAACCGUUACUGGUUGUGCGCUGCUACUUCAUCAUGCAUCAAGAUCUUCGACCUCGAGUCCAAGUCAAUCGUCGAUGAACUCAAGCCAGACUUUGUUGACAUUGGCAAGAACGCCCGUGAGCCAGAAGCUGUCUCUCUCUCAUGGUCAGCAGACGGUCAAACUCUCUUCGCUGGUUUCACCGACAACGCUGUCCGUGUCUGGACCGUCGCUUAA